UGAGGCAGGCAAGAGGCCCGAGCCCUGGGGGAAAGGGGCUGCUCCCGCCCCACUGGGAGGAGGGGGUCAAGGGGACCAGGCCGACUCUCAGGAGCCUCCCUCCUCAUAGAGGAGGAGCUGGGGCCCCCAGUGGUCUCCACCCAUUGCCAGGAGGACAGACUGGGGGUCUCUGCCACUCCAGGCCCCCAGCAGGCGUACAAGGGGUGGAGCGGUCCCUGGAGGCCAGCAGGGCUGCCGGUGGAGGCGAGGAGCCGCCCCAGGAAGAGGGAGGGAGGGAGCGGCCGCCCAGAGAGCCAGGCGCAGCGGGCGUGGGCAGCCGGGCCUGAGCGGUGGGCCAUGGGGACCCAGCGUCCCAGCGCUGGGUAAGAAGGCUGGGUUCAGGGUUGGGUUUGGGGAUGAGCAUGGGGCCUUGGCUACUUUGGUUGAUACUGCUGUGUUCCCUGGAUCUCAGUCCCUGUGUGUCUGUCCUUGGGUCUUACUCUGUCCAUCCACCUUUCCCUCUGGCCCAGGGUGAAAUCCGGCCUUUUACCCCCCACCACCAGAGUGUGGUGGAGUGGGAGGGGGAGAGGGAGGCAGGAUGUGGGUCUCCCUGAGGUCUCUGGGACAGGGAGGGGUUGUGGGCCUCCAGGUGAGGUGGUGGUCAGGGAUGGUGCUCGGUGAGAGAGCAGUGGAGCCCAGAGACCACCGUGGAGGACCGAGUUGGCCAUGGGCACAGAUAUGACCCCAGGGCCCAGAGACGAGGUUCUGGGAGAGUGCCAUGGAAGCCAGAGAUGGGACUGUGGGGACAAAGACAUGASUAUAAAGAUACAAUGCCAUCAAAGCAAAAAAUGGGACCAGGCUGUGAGACACAGAGAUGGUCCACAGACAAGAGAUGGGGCUGUGGGGGGAGGGUUAUGGGGACAGAGACAGUGCCAUGGGGGUCAGAGAUGGGUCCAUGGGGAAGGGGAUGUCUGUGAUAGUGAAGUUGGAGCUGGGGACAUCAAGAAUGGGACUGAAGUGAAGGUGACAUGGUGAAGGUCAGUGCGGGCACCUUCGAGCAGCCUGUCCCUGGGGUCAGAAAUAGGUGUCCCAGAUGGGGCCUGGGCCAGGAGUUUGCUUGCUGUAAAAAUGGAAAAUGGGGGUCAGAGGUGGAUCUCUGGGGUGCAGAAGUGGGGCAGAGACCUGGGGUGCUGGUCCAGGGCAGCCUUAGAGUGGUGGGCAUAUGGGAAGGAGGCGGCAGAAAGGAAGGAGGAGCAAGAGAUGGGCUAGUGAGGGGCGGGGGCAUCAGAACAGCUAGGGUCAUCUGGAGUUGCCACAGGCAAAAGGGCCUUGGGGUCAGAUGGGUUCUGGUGAGAUGGGACAGUCAAUCCGCGGUCUCCCGCUGUGUCCCUCCCGCCUCACUUGCCUUCAUCUCCUCUACCCAGCCCUCCUGGCGCCUGACAUGAGUCUUUGCGGGCCCCUUAACCGGAGCCUGGCCGGCGAGGCUACCACAUGCUCGGCGCCCGGGAUCCCCAACGUGUCGGCGGUGCCGCCCUUGGGUGGUACGGGCGGAUCACCAGCGUUGCCCAUCUUCUCCAUGACGCUGGGUGCAGUGUCCAACGUGCUGGCACUGGCGCUGCUGGCUCAGGCCGCAGGCCGCCUGCGGCGCCGCCGCUCGGCCGCCACCUUCCUGUUGUUCGUCGCUAGUCUGCUGGCCAUCGACCUGGCGGGCCACGUGAUCCCGGGCGCACUAGUGCUGCGCCUGUAUGCUGCGGGGCGCACACCGGCCGGGGGGGCCUGCCACUUCCUGGGUGGUUGCAUGGUCUUCUUCGGCCUGUGCCCGCUCCUGCUGGGCUGCGGCAUGGCAGUGGAGCGCUGUGUGGGUGUCACCUGGCCUCUGCUCCAUGCCGCGCGCGUCUCGGUGGCCCGCGCGCGCUUUGCGCUGGCCGCAUUGGCCGCUGUGGCCUUGGCGGUGGCGCUGCUCCCGCUAGCACGCGUGGGUCGCUAUGAGCUGCAGUACCCUGGCACCUGGUGUUUUAUUGGCCUCGGGCCACCCGGCGGCUGGCGUCAGGCGCUGCUUGCCGGCCUCUUCGCAGGCCUCGGCCUGGCUGCGCUACUCGCUGCGCUAGUGUGCAACACUCUCAGCGGCCUGGCCCUGCUGCGCGCCCGCUGGCGCCGCCACUCCGGACGUUUUCCCCAGGCCUCCCGCCCAGAUAGCCGCCGACGCUGGGGGUCACGAGGCCUCCGCUCGGCCUCCGCCUCAUCUGCCUCAUCCAUCGCUUCAGCCUCCCCAGCCCUCCGCAGUUCCCGGGGCGGAGGCUCAGCACGCAGAACCCGCGCCCACGACGUGGAGAUGGUGGGCCAGCUCGUGGGCAUCAUGAUGGUGUCGUGCAUCUGCUGGAGCCCGCUGCUGGUGUUGGUGGUGCUGGCCAUCGGGGGCUGGAACUCCARCUCGCUGCAGCGGCCGCUAUUUCUGGCCGUGCGCCUUGCUUCCUGGAACCAGAUCCUGGACCCCUGGGUGUACAUCCUGCUGCGCCAGGCCGUGCUGCGCCAAGUGCUUCGCCUUCUGCCUUCAAGGGCUGGCGCCAAGGGCGGCCCCGCGGAGUUGGGCCUAACCCGGAGCGCCUGGGAGGCCAGCUCUCUGCGCAGUUCCCGGCAGAGUGGUCUCAGCCACUUCUGAGUGCGCCCGAAGGCUAAGCCAUCCAAAGUGCUCAGCGCAGCCAGCGCCUUUGAGGAACCAGAGUUUUGUCCCGUCGGGGCUGCAGCACACACUGGGGCCGCGUGGGGGCGGCAGAGGAUCCGUGUGCGCCUCGAGACCGGUGCAGUUCCGAGGCUUGCCACGCGAGGGCGCAGACACCCGACGCUCAGUUGUCCAGCUGGGAAUCCAGAGCCAAAGCCACAGGAGCAUGCGCUCAACGCCAGGGCCCCAGCUCCGCAGUGACUAGAGCAAGAGUGUUUGGGGGACACUUUCUGUCACUGCGGCCGCCAAGACAGAUUCUGUUCAUUAGAUCCUGAGCUCCUCCCAAACAGUCCCAAGACCUAUGCCCAAGCCAUGCACCAUCAUGGCCUCGAACUCCCAAAGCCUCCAACAGGACCCUGACGCCCCUCCCAUCGCGGCUCACCACUCCUCCCACCACAACAGCCCUCAGUCCCACCCUCCC